AUGGAGGCGGCGGGAGGCGGCGGAGCCCCGGGCCCGGGCAGGGCCCGCCCGGGACAGCCCCAGCCACAGCCCCAACCCCAGACACAGCCCCAGACACAGCCCAAGGGCCGGGAGCUCUUCAGGAGCCAGCGCAAGGAGUCCGAGGGCUCCGUGGAUUGUCCCAACCUGGAAUUCGAGUACGGGGAUGCCGACGGCCACGGCGCUGAGCUGGCAGAGCUGUACAGCUACACCGAGGAGCCCGAGCUGAGCCACAACAGGAGAUGCUUCGAGGAGGAUUUUCACACUCAAGUGCCGGACAGGAGGUGGCUGGAGCUGGACAGGGCUCAGCAGAAGGCCUAUGUCAUGCACCUGCUGGAUGGGCUGGAGGUGGUCGACAGGGACAAGAGGCUCCGAGUGGCACGGGCCAUCCUGUACCUGGCACAGGGUGUCUUUGGGGACUGUGACAAUGAAGGUGAUGUCCUGCACUGGUCUCGGCACAACAGCUUCCUCCUGUACCAGCUGGGAACCUUCUCUGCCUUCCUGGAGCUCCUCAACAUGGAGAUUGAGAACAGCCAGGCCUGCAGCAGCGCCCUGCGGAAGCCGGCGAUCUCCCUGGCCGACAGCACCGAGCUCAGGGUCCUGCUCAGUGUCAUGUACCUGAUGGUGGAGAACGUCCGCGUGGAGCAGGAGACGGAUCCCCCCGAGUGGAAAACCUGCCGGGAGACCUUCAGGAUGGAGCUGAGUUUCCCUGUGCACACUGAGGAGCCCUUUGCUCUGCUGCUCUUCACCAUGGUCACCAAGUUCUGCAGCGGCCACGCUCCACACUUCCCCAUGAAGAAGGUCCUGCUCCUGCUCUGGAAGGUGCUCCUGUUCACGCUGGGCGGGUUCGAGGCGCUGCAGGCCAUGAAGGUGCGGCGGCGGGAGGAGCUGGGGCUGCCGCCGCUGCCCGAGGACAGCAUCCAGGUGGUGCGGGGGAUGCGGGCGGCCUCCCCGCCCACCUGCGCCAUCGAGCUCGUGGAGCAGCAGCCGCAGCAGCCGCAGCAGCCCAAGCGGAGCCACCGCAGCCGCAGGCCCCUGAUGAAGCAGGACAGCUUGGAUAUCUACAACGAGAGAGAUCCCUUCAAGAGCGACGAGGGAGGGGUUGAUGAAGAGGAGAACGACGAGGUGGACGGGGGGAUGGAGGGGGAGCUGGAGCUGGUGGAGCGGGACGCGCUCAUCCCCGCCCUGCCGGCGCAGCGCCUGCCCAUCGAGAGGGUGUCCUUCCCCAAGGGGCUGCCCUGGGCCCCCAAAGUCAGACAGAAAGACAUCGAGCAUUUCCUGGAAGCAAGCAGGAACAAAUUCAUCGGCUUCACGCUGGGACAGGACACUGAAACCCUGAUAGGGCUCCCACGGCCGAUCCAUGAAAGUGUGAAGACCCUGAAGCAGCACAAGUACGUUUCCAUCUCGGAUGUCCAGAUCAAGAACGAGGAGGAGCUGGAGAAGUGCCCCAUGUCUCUGGGGGAAGAGGAAGUGCAAGAAACCCCUUGUGAGGUGUUGUAUCGAGCAAUGCUGUACAAUCUCCCCCAGUACAUGAUCGCUUUGCUGAAGAUCCUGCUGGCUGCUGCACCCACCUCCAAGGCCAAGACUGACUCCAUCAACAUCCUGGCAGACGUGUUGCCCGAAGAGAUGCCCAUCACCGUGCUGCAGAGCAUGAAGCUGGGCAUCGACGUGAACAGGCACAAGGAGAUCAUCGUGAAGAGCAUCUCGGCGCUGCUGCUGCUGCUCCUCAAGCACUUCAAGCUGAACCACAUCUACCAGUUUGAGUACGUGUCCCAACACCUGGUGUUUGCCAACUGCAUCCCGCUGAUCCUGAAAUUCUUCAACCAGAACAUCAUGUCUUACAUCGCUGCCAAAAACAGCAUCUCUGUCCUGGAUUAUCCCCACUGCACGGUCUGUGACUUGCCUGAGCUCACAGCAGAAAGCCUGGAAGCUGGAGACAGCAACCAGUUCUGCUGGAGGAAUUUGUUCUCCUGCAUUAACUUGCUGAGGAUCCUCAACAAGCUGACCAAGUGGAAACACUCGAGGACAAUGAUGCUGGUGGUGUUUAAAUCAGCCCCAAUCCUGAAGCGGGCCCUGAAGGUGAAGCAGGCCAUGAUGCAGCUCUACGUGCUCAAGCUGCUGAAGAUCCAGACCAAGUACCUGGGGCGCCAGUGGAGGAAGAGCAACAUGAAGACCAUGUCUGCCAUCUACCAGAAGGUGCGGCACCGCAUGAACGACGACUGGGCCUACGGCAACGACAUCGACGCCAGGCCGUGGGAUUUCCAGGCCGAGGAGUGCACGCUGAGGGCCAACAUCGAAGCCUUCAACAGCCGCAGGUACGACAAGGCGCAGGACUCGGAGUUCGCCCCGGUGGACAACUGCCUGCAGAGCGUGCUGGGCCAGCGCCUGGAGCUGCCCGAGGACUUCCACUGCUCGUACGAGCUGUGGCUGGAGCGGGAGGUGUUCUCGCAGCCCAUCCGCUGGGAAGAGCUGCUGCACUGCCAGUGACGGCCCCGGCCCCGCCCGCCCCGCUCCUGCCGCCGCCCGCGGGGCUGGGGCGGAUCCGGGGUUUUAGCGCAGCUGGGGCAAAGAUUGAAC